AGUUUAACCAUCAGUGAAAUUUCUUAGGAGAUACAAUAGCAUGUGUCCCAUUAAAAAAAAAAGAGUGCACGCCUCAUGAGAGUUUCAUUUAAUUUUGAUGAACAAAAUAAUUUGUAUUCCUGACUUAAUAAAGUCAGGAAUACAAAUUAUUUUUUUCAUCGCGUAAUUCAAACUACGCGCACUAGGCUAUUGAUAUAAAAUAGGGAACCAGUUGUUAUUCUGAAGUUAAUAAAAAAACCCGGUCUCGAUACGUCUAUUUUUUCGGGAGUUAGUGACCACAUACAGAAUCAACAUCCAGACGUCCACGUAAAUUUUUUUUCAAACCGUUUUUUUUUCCAAUGUAGUAAAUAUAUGAUUUUUUAGAAAAUAUAAGGGCUUAGCUUUCCAUUGACUCUCGUCGAGUUGGGGGUUGACACGUAUUUUUACAGAAAAGUUACACUAUUAUAAGCACACACAUAAAGUUUCAAUAUGCGGAAACGCGUACUUUUUGAGAAAAAACAUUAUUUGAAAAUUAAUUAUUUUUGCAAUGUUUAUGUUACAUUCUUAACGUAAAACUGGCGCCCACUGGCGCCAUUUUGUAAUGUCAUUGUCGUCGUCAGUACGGAUGUCGAUUCUUUCCGAAAAAGAUAGAUUUUUAAAUCGAUUCGAAUCGUAUGCUGACGUGAUAUCACAAAAAAUGGAUUUCUAAAAUAUAGAUAUAUUUUCCUGUUUGCAUUUAUAAGAUACCAUAAUAAAUUAUUUGUUAUGCAUAAUUUAAUUUGUUAUGUAUAUGGAAAAGAAAGAAAGAUAAUACAAUAAAUGAUCUCUUAUCAGUAAAAUCAGUUUUAAUGGCGAUUUUCAAGGAUGAAAUAUCGAUUCAUUGGAUCGAUUUUGUACUGCAUACCGAUUUAAAAAAAACGAUAUUUCGGGUCUGAAAAAUCGAUCUCAGAUCGACAUCCCUAAUCGUCACUCAUUGUUAGCGUCCCUAGCAGUUGAGAGCGUUUACGUACUUUUGGCGGUAAAAACAACAUUUAACUAUUACCAUGGCGUCUCCGAAGCCCCAGGUUUCAUGUCCUGCUGUGUCGUCUGAAAAAUCGAGUGUAGUGAAAGUGUUAGACUCUAAUGAGCCACUUUUCGCGAGCUCUUUUGCAGGCUCCUCGUGUGUGCAAGUGUUAGACUCUAGUGAGCCACCUGUGCCCACGACUGUGCCAUCGGAACCAGUAGCUGGUAGUUCCCGCGCUACCGUUCCUAGUACCGUGUCGGUACUGCCGCCUGCAUCUCCGUCGUUGUCUGAGAACGACGUAGGUGAGGCGAAACCUCAAGCUUCUGGAUCGUCUGGCAGAAGAGUCCACUAUUAUUCCAAGGAAAUAAGGUCCCACUGGAAUAUGUAUAAAAUAAUUACCCGGCUCAACACCCCAGCUCAGUGCAUUGCAUUUGCUGAAGAGCAUAGGCUCCUUCCUACAGAAAAAAUGUGCACAUAUCAUAAGAAACCUAUGAUGGUAAGCUCCAGCGGUAAGACUGGUCAGGUUGGCAUCUUCCGAUGCAGGAAGAGCAAGUGUCGCACUAAGGCUGUGAGUCGGGCAGCGGGAACAUGGUUCGAGAAUGCGCGGUUGUCUAUCGAGUUGCAAUUUUUAUUAAUGUAUAUGUUCAGCCAAAAGUAUAGUUAUCAUCAAGUAAAACUAGAGACAGCCCGUGAAAAUAUACAAACAGUUUUAUCAACAAGGACAAUAUCCGACUGGUUUUCUUACUGUCGAGAGACAGUAACUAUUUAUGAAUUGGAGCACCAAGAAGUUAACAGCAAGAUUGGUGGUCCAGGCAAAAUCGUACAAAUAGCUAAAUCAAAAUUUGGAAAAAGAAAGUACAGUAAAGGGAAACACAUUGAAGGCCACUGGGUACUGGGCAUGGUAGAAAAUGGGAAAGAUAAUUUGAGACUAGAAGUGUGUCCCGAUAAUGAUAGAUAUGAGGAAAUGUUGGUGCCACUAAUACGAAAGCAUGUGGAGGUAGGCACUGAAAUCCAUACUGAUUUUUGUGGAGCCUAUGAUUCCCUACCUCAAUAUGGAUACAUACAUAAGACAGUAAAUCACAGCGACCCUAAUAAUAAAUUUGUGGCACCAGACGGGACACACACACAAAGAAUAAAAAGCUACUGGCGAAAUUUAAAAGUGAUGUUCAUUAGGGAUGGAUAUAAAGGAAAUUUCACAGACUGGCUUAUUGAAUAUUCUUGGCGAAGAAAAAUAAAAAUAGAACAUAAAGAUGCUUUCGAAGAAUUAAUUAAAGCAAUACAAUAUGUGUAUAAAAUUGAUUAAUAAAUUAUUAAUUAUA